AUGACCAGAAAAAAGAAGUCUCAGAGUGGCCUGAAUCCAAAGGGAGAAUCGGUAGAUGGUGCAAGGAACAACCCAGUUACGUCCACCACACAGACAACACUGGCGACGCCGUCAGCACCAAUUCAUUCGGUGUCAUCCAAGACACCACCAGCAGCUGCGUCAAAGAGCUCCAAGCCAAAGACUUUUGAGCAAUCAACUUCCGCUUUGAUAAUAUGCCGCAACAAACACUGGCGCUAUAUCUCCUCCUUCCAUGGUCCAUGGCUUCAAUUACCUCCAGAGGUCUUAGAAAGCCUUGCAUAUAGCAAUUAUGCUUCCCCGCGCCCUCAACCCAUUGACCCCGCGGUGUUCUUCGACCUCGUGAAAAUUCGCCGCUUGAUCGAGGAAGCUACCGAUCUAGCUGUCCGUGCAGCCAAUGGCACCACAUCGUCCGCCCUCAGCAACUCCCAGAACGCGAUCAAUGGACUAUUAAGUAGUGGAAGCAGUACAGUGCUGGGAAUAGGCAUUGGUGGUGGCGGCGGAACGGCAAGAUUGAGCAAGGAACGGAGGCACCGGAUGCGGGAACAUGCCACCCAGAAACUCUCCCUAGCAUACCAUCUGGAUGAAAUUGCGGCAAGUGUCGCGACAAUGCAGUCUGCUUCUGCACUGGAAGAGGUGGCCAAACUGGUUCUGCAGCGCAACGAGCAGGACUGCAAUGCCAAGUACGUACAUUUUUUUCAUGAGAAGAUUCCGUCUCGGUCACUGGCGCAAUGCACCAAUCUGCAACCCCUGGACGAGGUGAUUGCCAGAAGACCACGCGAAGGAGCCUUUUACAGAACAAGAGCGGUUACAAGAGUGUUUAUGGAUGACUAUGUGGGUGCUGCCAGAGAUCUGACGAAGGGUUUAAAUGUCUGUCGACUACAAAGCGCCCAGCACGGGACAAGUCGUGUUGAAUUGGAGAAGAGGAGAAGAGGUCUAUUGCCUAGAGAUUUCAGAUAUGAUUUGAAGGUGGAGGAGAAAGACCAGCCCAGCAGCUUGGAACAUCAACUCGUAUUUCAUCGUGGGGGGGUGUAUCUAACGAUUGCGUGCCAGAACAUCAAUUCUGCGCUGGAUGCACUAAGUAUCUGGCAAAAGGAGCAACUGUUGAACCCGAAUCUGGAGGGAGAGGACAACGUCUUGUCCACCUUAUCCCCUGCCGGGAAAGAAGCGUAUCGCCGAUGGCUCGAAACGCGUAAGAUGGUCAAGUCUAAUGCCAGACGUGCUCUGCGAGAUUACUUGAAGUUCCUCUCCAAUUUCGAUUACACUCCAGGCCUUCCCGCUGAGCUCGCAGAAGAGUUCCUUCGCAAGGUUAACAUUACAUCAGGUGCACACCACAAGUCGGGAGGCACUCGUACUCAAGAAAGCCGGCUUAUAGAAACUCUUCGCAUGGCUGGGACUAGUCCAUCUCCCGGAUCUCCUACUUCUGAAGGCCGUGGAGGGGCCCCAGCACAAUACCAGCUUCCUCCCACAGAAAUAUAUCCAGUAUCUGUUCUGUUCUCCGAACAACCUCCGUCCAACCUCCCUCCUUUCCCUACCGACUCCCAAGCCCUGGUUCGCCCCCAACCAAACGGGUUGGGAAUAUCACCCACCCAUGCUGACGCUGCACUUCUCGCAAAUUGCGAUUGUCACGAGGCCGUAACCUACCACCCUCUGCUGACCGAUGCGCUCCAUUCUGUCCUCCUCUGCCACGCUCUCCUGCAAACCUCUUCCAAGGAACUCCUCCGCCACGCGCACAUGGUUGCACGGCUAGCCCGCGUCUGUGACGGCUACCCAAUUUUCCUUGCCCCCCGCUCCCCUGCACGAGCAGACUGGAUCGAAGUCAUGCACCGUGUCGACAAUUGGCUGGGGCUCAAGCUGACGUGGGAAGCCCUCUGCGCGCCAGCGCCACUCCCGGGCCACCACGGCCACCCCAGGCCUGAAAAAAAAAGGACGACGGAGGACGAAAUUCAGGAACGUCGCAAAUAUGAAGCGAUCAUGGAAGCACUAUCGGACGACCGUGUGCAGGAUGAGGAAAGUUUUCUCGCAUCUGUGCGGGCACGCGAGAAGAGGGCCGGGGAGCAACGCAUGGAGAGCCAUCCUAGUGUCCCAUAUGCAGGUCCUGCACCUAAACGCUGGGAACAGGAGGACGGUAAAGAGUACCCAAUCAGCACUGAGCGGGCGGAAUUUAUUUCACGCUGGAUAAUUGAGGCGCCAAUGUCCUCGGGUGACGGAAAGGGGAAAGGGAAGAGACGCAAAGGUCGCGCUACGGUGGAUGAAGUCGAGGAUGAUCCUUCGCUUGAGGAUAUCUUGCAUGAGCUGACUAUUGGAGACCAUGACGGGCUUGGCUAG